AUGGAAAGUUUACACAGUCGCGUUCCCUACGCGCAAUGGCGUCUCAAGGUCUUCCGACAGCUGUUUUGCUCUUCGAAUGGGUCAAAUAAGAGCCUUCAAUCCCGUCGCCUCUACUCUACCAGUCCGGAAGACUCCGAGACAAAACCCACUCCUGAGAAGCAAUUCGAUCACAAACGCAACCACAACCGCAGCCACAAGGGCCAACCUGAACCAUCGCCUUCAAAGCGCCCCUCCGAACUCCUCCCUCAAUCUCCGCUCAUCACACGCCCGCACCCCGGCCGCGAUGUCCGCCAUCGCAAGAAGCGCAUCGCAACCUCUGCCGACUUCACCAGGCUCAAUAAAAACCCCUGGGCCAUGGCACUCGCGUCCCCAGUUCGAUACUGCGAGCUGAGCUCGACGCGAAUGCCAAAGGCCUUCUUGACGGAAUGGGCCCCGGUCCUGGAUCCCGAAUCCGCGCCCACUCCGGCUUCGGCUGUAGAGUCAGGGCCGGAGGCAAAAACAGAGGUAGUCCCCGCCAGACGCAAGGAGAAAAACGCUCCAGACGCUCCAAAAUUCUGGCUCCUGCCUAUCGAACUUCUACAAGACGACUUGGUCGAACCGCAAUUAACCAAGGCAGAUGGCCGUGCCCUUCCCGCACCGUACUUGAAACUCCGCAUGCAUGACCGGAUGUCGAUAUUGCAAGACAUGGCCCAGUAUAUAUGGCGUGCGCGCAACCAAAAGAUAUGGCCCAUUACUAAACUUCUUCCGUCCCGCUGGAGAACCCAGGUUGGUUGGGGCACAAAAGAGGACGCGAGGGUCCGAUGGCGCCUUGACAUGCCCAAGUUUAUGCGUAGGACGCUCCGGGCAUACGUAAUGAAGCAUUUGCAGCGGGUCUCGGGUAUAUUCGAGAUACAAGAUGUUCGGUUCGGCGUGUGGACAUCAAUAGACGUCCAGGCUCCGUACUCGGAGGAGGCUCUGGUAGAGGGGUUGAAGGGGCUGCAAUCGUUUGAGCGGAUGGGGGAAGGGGCUGUUUGGAUUCUGGGAGACUGCGACCCAAAGAAUGAUUUGCCGGAGUUCAUUGAGGUUCCGGCGAUUGGAAGCAAGGUUCCCGUCUUUGAUUUCACGCGGCUGUUUUCAAAGACUGAGCUUGAGGAGAUUCGGGGCUAUUCUACGCGCUUUCAAAAGUUUGCGGUCUUCUUCAGGCCGACAAACGAGCGGACUGUUGAGACUGCCCUUGCUCUCUGGAAGCUCCAGGGGUAUAUGAGAAAACCGGCCCCCUAA